CCCAUCUUUAUGUCAAUUGUCAGUUGUCACUUCCGAUUUGUGAUUUAUGAUUAUUAUCACAUGCUUUGACAGUUUGAGUGCGGUUUACAUGAAAAAUAAUUACAAAAAACAGUUAAUGGGAGACUAAAAUCAAAUAGUGUUAUAUUUAAAAAUGAAUACCGACUUUUUAAGACUAAUUCCGAGUAUAUUUACAAUAUUAUACGCAACGUACGGCACUUGGUUUCUAAUUAUCGAAAUAUUUUGUAGCAUUGUACCAUUUACAAUAAUAUUUACUUGCCUUAUAGCAUUGGCCAUACACUUCUGUAGUAUUCCACCCCCAGGCGAUAAUGCAGCAGAAGCAGUUUUAGGCAAAGAGCCACAUUUGGAAAAUGAAGCUGCCGAUUAUGUGAUGAGAACGGUGGCUCAUAGGGGAGCGGGAUUGGAUGCCCCCGAGAACAGCCUAGAAGCCUUUAGAUUGUGUAACGAGAAGGGAUGUAACGCUAUAGAAUUUGACGUCACCUUAACAAAAGAUGGAAUUCCUAUAGUAUUUCAUGACAAAACAUUGGAGAGAAUGGCUGAUAUGAACGUAGUCAUAAGUCAAACCGCGUGGGAGGAUUUGCAGAAUAUAGAUAUAUCUGUAAAGCAUCCCUAUAAGGACAGAUUUACCAAUACUAACAUACCAACAUUAGAUCAAGCAGUUGCGCAAAUGCUAGCGUGUGGACAAAGGAUGUUUAUUGAUAUUAAAGAUAACAAUACUAAGAUGGUUAAAGUGAUUCUGGACUUGUUUACUAACAACCCGGAUCUAAUAUCGAGAGCUGCAGUAACAUCGUUUUUCCCGAACAUAAUAUACUUGGUAAGAAGGGGUAACCCGAAAAUAGUAUGUUGCCUUGCGUGGAGACCGAACGUUUUUGCAUACCACAGUUACAAGUAUCCGGAAGGCAAAGGCGAACGAAGGGCGAACAUGUGGUACAAACAUUUUUGGUUGUGUUUCUGCGAUAUUUUGAACUACUGGGCUUUAUCUCGAUUAACGUAUUAUAUAUUAGGACUUUCGGUUAUUUUGCUACAUAAGGACGCUCUUAGUGGGGAAGCCAUACUGAACUGGCGAAAGAAGGGUGUGCGUGUUAUCGCCUGGAGUGUAAACAGUCCAACAGAGAAACAGCACAUAGCCCGCAACCUGAAAAUAACUUAUCUAACCGACACACUAACGGGUGAAAGUACUGCCCAUACAAUACCCAGCUGAUUGCUGUGCAGUAUUUCGCAUAGUCGUAAAUAGAUGUAUGUAAAUGUGCUAUAUAAUUUUAGUGACUUAACACUUCUGUAGCCGUAGAAAGUAAAAAAUCAUUAAAUUUGUUCAAAGCAUAUCACCUUCAAAUUUUAUUAAUUGUGUUCUUCAAUUUAGCCUUUAAGUAGUUGGUAAGUAUAUGAUCAGCAUUAAAAUCUUUUUUUUUUCUUUUGUAUUCUACUUUAUUCUUGCCAAAGAUGUAGCAGUAUUUUAUGUGUAUUUGUAUAUUUAGGGAUUUGAAAAAAAUUGUUUUUAUAUCUACAUAUAUCGUACCAAAUUACGUGUACAAAUUAUUUUGCAUUUAAUUGUUUAUAUGUGCAAUCUUUAUGAAUUACACUAAAUAAAUGCCAUA